AUGUCGUUAGCAGAUCAGUUGGCACAUAUAUCUCAAGAAGCUCAUGAUGUUGCGUUGGACAGAAAUAGAAGAUCCGAGCUUCAUUCGAUCUCAUUCCUAUAUGAUCCACAUUAUGCUGCUACGCAGGAUUAUGAAUCAAUCUUUGCGGAGUCUUUGGAAGCCCUUCAGAAAUUGCAGACACUUGAUAAGAGAUUCUCUAGAUUUAGGGAUACUAUUUUCAGUGACUUGUCUGUGAGCAUUGAUCGGCUGACCCAAACAAAGGAACAAAAUAAGAAUAUAGAUAAGACCAUCAAUGUGUUUUUAUCGCUCCUUGCACCCUACUGGCAUCUCGCUAUUUCAGUUAAGGCUGCAGAAUGGCCUUUGAGACGUUUUAGCAUGAAUGUAUACAAUUCGGAGUUUUUGCUUUUGACUGCUUUACCUUAUUUUGAUCAGCCAAUCUUUGAAAGAAUUCUUUAUGUGAUUCCGAAGCUACCAAUGAUAUUUCAAUGGCUUUCCGGCUUCAAAAAAGCCCAAAGGUGUCCUGCCAGAACCACAAUCACAAGGUCAUUCAGCGACAUUGAUUUCUUCAAUCUUUAUUCAAAGUUCAUCAACCAGGAGGUGGCCCAUCACAACCAAUACAGAAAGCAACUUGUUUUUUUCGUUGUCAUGACUGUGUCCGGUUUGGCUUCGCUAGCUUCGAGUAAUUCUGAUCAUCUAGCUGAUUUUAUUUCUUUGUCUUUGGAGUCCACUAGUACUUUAAUGGUCUCUAAGGAUCAGGAGAGCUGUGUCAGUGCUUUCACUAUAUUGUCGGCGGUGUCUUCUGCAGUUCCCUUGUCAAGAGAAGUUAUCAUGGCCUCAAUAGACACAAUUAUAUUAUCUUUUGACGGAGAUCUUUCCAUUGCCUCCUUCCGCUGCAUCCUCAAAUUGUAUCAGAAUAUCCAGUCAGAUUCACUAGCUCCACUUCGGUCAUCCACUGUUAAUGGACUUCCUAAAGAGCUUCUCUCGCCUGGUUCAGACUAUUUACACUUGAUUAGGUUCACCCGUUACAGCAACAAGUUUGUUACCUCCUAUUUACGGGCCUUAAUUAUUGCUGGGAAGAGUAUUGAAUCUUCUGUGUUUGACUCGUUGAGAUUCGACUUCCACUUCACCAAAAAGCAACUACAAUUGUUGGAAACCGAUAUCAUUACGCAUGUGCGGGAUUCUUCCAGUGGCGGACAGGAAUUCGUGUCUUUUUUGAAGUUUUUAAUAGAUCAGGAUAAGCAACAGUUCUUGUCAGUCCUCAAUCAGUCCAAAAUGUCGGUUGAGAAUUUGGAGAUGCUGGUUCAAUCCACUCUUCUCCUGGUGGAAGACAUUGAAGACCUAAGCCAGCAGGAUAGCGGAGAUAGUGUUACGGUCAGCAUAGAUGAUGAAACUGAGUCUGAUGUGGACCUACUUAGCCUAUUUGAGGAUCAUAAGACCGAUGUUGCCACUUUCUUAUCAUCUGAUAGCGUAAUUAAUACUUCGUUCCAUGAUUUACAAAGCAUUUACCUUAGAUCCAUUCAAGUCCAAUCCGAAGGCUUGUUUUUGGAUACAUCCUUCAAAGAUGUCGAUCAGCGUAUUUCAUUCUUGCUCCGUGUCGCUUCUGGAUCUCAGAUCCCGAUUAGGGGAAGAAUCAACUCUUUAGGACAGCUCAAGAAAUUGAUUGAGGGCUUGGACCCGACUGUUUUUGUUUACUCGAUUUUGCCUGUCUUAUGUACCCUUUUCUUGGAUCCUAACCCUAAGAUGAGAUCUCAAGCUGUCGAUGUUCUUGAGGUUAUACACUCCAGACCGAAAUCGAAUGCUAAGAGAAUACUACUCGAACAUAUGUAUGGUUCUGCUAACGUGGCCAUGAUCUCCCCAAAGGACGGCUCCAUUUUUAUCUCCAAAUUGCUGAUUAAUAAGCAGCUAUUCAAGUUGGAUGCGGAAUCAUUGCUUCAAUCCUUCCACAGUAUAAUAGGUAGUAAGAAGUUAGCUCAAAUGGUUUUGGCCUUUUUUGCAUCGCAUACCACUAUAGUUGACGUGCCUGAUAUCAAGGCCAAAUUGCUCAAGAUCACUUCCGCGGGUUGUUUAUCUCUUAAAGGUGCUUCCAGUCCUUCUGAAUUGUUUUCAGAUUUGCUGUCCAGCUAUCUAAAGGAAAGAUCUCAAUGGAAAGAAAAGUGUGAAGUAACUUCGUCUGACUUUGAUGUCUUUGAAUUGCAGAUUAUAGAACUGGUGCGUGAAAAGGAAAAUAAUCUGUCAGCCCUUACUCUUCUUGAAGAAGCUUUGGUUUCUCCAUUUGAACAUUUGGCAUCUGUAUCUCAGCACAGGCUUGUUCAGAUUUUCCCUACAUUGAAAUUCGAGCACCAAAUACGAAUUAUCAGCUAUCUAUUAGAGGAUGGCUUGAAGGAUGAUUCUGCUGUGAAAUACGACCCUCUAGAGUUGCUUGAAAAUCUUCAGUUGUCAGAUGCUAUAUUUGUUCAGUUGCUAAAAGGAUCUGUCGUGGGCACGUCUUCAUCACAGCCGCAGAAUAAUGUACCAAAGAGAAGAAGAAGGUCCUCCGCUUCAGCUAGACAGGCUAUGAAGGAGACGGAGGUUUCCAGCUUGGCUAACCUACACUUGAGGAAAGUUACUAUUCUUUUGGACCUUCUAUUUUUCUUCAGCUCCAAGCAAACCUUUAAGCCUUCUCUCGACUUGUUGAAGUUUCUUUUCACCAUCUUGGAUGAUCUUGAAACUUUGAGUAUGGACGGAAAGCUUCCAGUUCUAUACUCACAGGAAACUUUGGCUUCGUGUAUGUUGAAUGUUAUCAAUACCAUGAAGGAAUCACAACUAUCUAUUGAUAAUACCUCUGCUAUUAGGGCGGACAUUAUUGUGUCCUCUAUUAGAUCGUCCGAUUCUCCACAGGUGCAGAACAAGUUACUCCUAGUGAUCGCUGCCUUGGCAUCUCUCUCUCCUGAAUUAGUUCUUCACUCCGUUAUGCCGAUCUUCACGUUUAUGGGGGCACACACCAUUAGGCAGGAUGAUGAGUUUUCUACUCAUGUGGUAGAAGAAACCAUCCUUUGCGUCGUGCCUGCCUUGGCUAGUACUGCGAAGAGCGGAAUGGCAGAAGAAGUUGACUUUUUGUUAACUUCAUUUGUUGGUGCCUUCCCUCAUAUUCCUAGACACAGAAGAGUUAGACUAUUCACCACCUUGGCAAGAACUUUAAGUAGUCAACUAUCUGUUUAUUUAAUUUUGUUUUUGUGCGGCCAGCAGUACGCUAAUGCUUACGCCAAGCAUAAGAUGGCCAAUUGCAGUGCUUUGACUGACUUUUCGUCUAUUUUCUUGCAGAGCUUUACGCCAGAAGAGCAAUUGGAUGCCGCUCGAAGAUAUUUGGCAUUGUGGAAGGAUCUUCCUGAAGAUGUGGUUGAAAAAGGUUCUAAGACAUUUGGUGAAUUGACUUCUAGAGUUAUUUUCGGCCCCUCGAUUGUGGCUAUGAACAAGUCGGAGCUUUACAACCUCAGAAAAGGUCUUCUCAGCUAUUUGAGGCAUUCUCUCGUCGAUUUUAAGAGUACUAGUGAUAUCCCAAAAUUGAGACUAAAGAUCACUUCUGAAUUUUUACAAAAUGGAAGCUCGGAGGAGAACUUGUCAGUAUUUUCUGGCCUAAUCAAAGACGUUUUGGGAUUAGCCGAUGAAUACAGUAACAGUUUUGAGGAUGAAGAGAUUCUUAAAAAGUUUUACAAGCUAUUGGGAGACAUUUUAAGUUUGCUGCCUAUUCAGUACUUUGUGAAGUCGAUUUCUAGUAUUCUUAUAGCUCCGUCUGCUUCUAUGAGAACGAAGCAGCAUGUGGCUAAUCUUGCGUCAGCCAAGUUCGAACUUGAGCAUAUUGACAACACUUAUGCUCAAGAAGGUAUUUCCAUCUUGACUCCAAUAUUACUUGAUGCUAUCAUUUCUUGUGAAAACGUUGAGCUUUCACAAGCCUGUUUUGAUACCUUGGCUAGCUUUUUCCAGAGAUUUCACGAUCGUCUUGAAUCUGAAUUGCUGCUAAGGUCUUUGGAUGUGGCAGUUGGGGAAUCUGGUUUACUUAGUAAGUCCGGUCCAGAAUUGACAAUUGCUGCAAUCAAUUGUGUUACUAGUGUCGUGACCGUUGCUGGAGUAAAGAUCAUUGGAUACUUCCCAAAGAUUAUUUCUUCACUUUACAAGAUUUUUGAGACCACCACUGAUGCUGCGGAUGGUAGUGAUGAAGAAGAGUCUGCCAGAUUGAUUCAAAUCUCAAUCUUGGUAUUAUUCUCAGCUAUGAUGAGAAAGAUCCCCAACUUUUUGACACCAAAUGUUCAAGACUUCACUGAUAUUACAUUCAGGGCAAAGUUGGUUCCAGAUUCCAUUAGAAAUACUGUUUUGGCAACCAUGGUAAACAGUGUUGAUUCAAAGACAGUUCUCUCAGCAUUGUGUAAGUUGUGGUCUAAGGUGUCCGAUUUGGAUGCUGCAACGAUUGGUCUCUUCUUAUCAACUUUAGAUCUUGAGGUGGACAAGCUAGACAAGAAAACUGCUAUCACUGAAUCUAGUAUGUUUACUAGAUUUUUCUUGAAUGCCUUAGAGUUUCAGGGCACUUCAAAGUUUGAUAUCAAUACUGUCAAUAGAAUUGAAUCUAGUAUUUCAAAAUGCGGCAUUCAGUAUGUGCUGAAAUUGAACGAUAAGAAUUUUAGACCUUUGUUUGCUUCCAUCGUCAGGUGGGCUUUUGAUGGUGAAGGUGUCGUCACGUCUAUUAAUGAGAUCGAACGACUUCAAUCAUUUUUCAAGUUUUUCAACAAGCUUCAAGAGCAGUUGCGUUCAAUUAUCACCACCUACUUCUCCUAUUUGCUUGAUUCCACAGAGUCGUUACUCGAUAGGUUCAGCAAAGGCUCUAUUGAUAACAUUCUCUUAAAAAGAUUAGUUUUCAUUUCCUUAACAUCGUCGUUCAAAUAUGAUCAGAGUGAGUACUGGCAGACAAGCACAAGAUUCACUCCAAUAUCCAAAUGUUUGUGCGAUCAGUUGACCAAUGUGGAAGAUACCAUUGGUAAGCACUUGGUGAAGGCUUUGACGGCAUUGGUUCAGACUGCCUCUUCUGAAGAACAUAACAAGCAAGUGAACGAUCUUUUGAUGUCGCAUAUGAAGGCUGAGUGUAAGCCAAAGGAGAAAUUCUGGACGGUGAGAACCCUAAAGAACAUCUACAAGAAGAUGGGAGAAAAUUGGUUGAGUUUGCUUCCUCAGUUGGUUCCGUUGAUUGCGGAACUUUUAGAGGAUGAUGAUGAAGAAGUUGAAAUGGAGGUUAGAACAGGAUUAGCCAAGGUUAUUGAAGACGUUAUGGGCGAACCCUUAGAUAGAUAUCUACAGUAA